AUGUUGGCCAGACAUGUCGGCUUCCUCCGGGCCUUCCCGCCUGCCGUCAGGUCAUACUCGGCCAUGGCAGGAGGCAACGCCUAUGUGAAGAGGCUCAACUUUUUCAAGGUCCCGAAAGAGGAGGACAUUGAUGCUGUGCUCAACGAGUAUGAAACCCUGAGGAAGAAUGCUAUGCAGGAUGGCAAACCUUACAUUGUGUCCAAUGUCGCAAGACGGAUACUGAAUACAUCUUCGCCACUCAGUGAAGGCUAUACGAUUGUGUCGCAGUCCAUCUUCAAGGAUCACAAAGACCAUGACUUUUACGACAAGGACUGCUCUGCACACCAGGUGCUCAAGAAAACUACGAGCAAAGUACGCACUGGUGUUAUGACAGUAGUGUCCGAGGGCCACUGGCCGGAGCCCACAUUGUAA